CCAAUCAAGGAUCAAAGGCAACAUGACACCAGAGCUCAACAGAAUGCACAGGGACUUGAAAAUCCUUGUAAUGGCAAUGAAAAACCCCAGGAACUCACAGUAAAGAUGGAUUUCAAACUGGAGAAAAAGAGAGUGGAAUUGUUAGUAAGUCUGUAAAAUCAAGGGAUUGGUUUUAUUGCUUACUAAUUCAUCAUUUUGUUGUACAAUAAACUGAAGUUUAAUAUUAAACUGUACUGUAUUUUAGAAUAAGAAGUCUUCUCCUUUGCUUCUUUUCUGCUGAUCCUUUAAUUGCCACCCUUUGUUCAGUAAUAUCUCAUGUAGACCUGAAUCCUGCAAUCUAAAGGGCUAGUCUACACUGGCAAUGUUAAAAUGCUCUCCCAGCGCUCUAAAAAACCCACCACCACGAGGGGCGCAGCUACCAGCGUUGGCGCACUGUUUACGCUGGGGCUUUAGAGUACUGAAACUUGCUGUGCUAGGGUGUGUUUUUUCACACUCCAAGCGAGAAAGUUGCAGCGCUGUAAAGUGCCAGUGUAGACAAGCCCUAAUUCGUGCAGAAAAUGGAGUCCCGUUGUCUUCAAUAGACUCCAUCCAGGCAAGAUUGCAGGAUUAGGGACCUGAAUUGUAAAGAGUCAUGGGACUCUUUUUAAAUUGUCUUUGAAGGGUUAAACACAUCUGUUGAUUCUGGUUUAUUUAUGUAGUAUACAACGCUCACAUUUGGAAAUGCAUCUUUUUGGUUCUGUUUAACUUUUUCCCCUUUCAAAAAAUUGCUCUCCUGGUUUUCAAAACUUUCUCUGGGCCCUCCUUUUGAUUUGGUGUGGAGGUGGGUUUCAGUUGUAAAGUGUCCUCCCUGGGCUAAAUAAUGGCCCGCGAACAUGGCUUUAGAUGUGCUAGAAUGCAUCUUGAUGGGGUUUUUCAGUCGUCUUGAGCUAACAUGAUUGAAAAAAACCCAUCCUUUUUGCAUCAAGAGAAGGCUGUGAGGUUAACUCGCUAUACACUGGUGUUUUCUUACCCGCUGACUCAGUCUCUGCCUCCUCUGUAAUUACUCCUUAUUACUCUACAGCAGGGGUGGGGGGUUGCGCCAGAGACAUUUUUCGCUUGUGGUGUUGUGUGUGUCUUGAGCUGUGUGUGUCUCUCCAAACUACUGAAUUACUUGUUCUUUUAAAAGUUGGUCUUAAACCCUUCCUGUUCACUUCAGUACAGCGUCUCAAAACCCAUCCCAAAUGUCCUUUUCCUGCCUAACCACAUCUAACCUUCUGUACUCUGCUUACUGUAACUAAUAGAGCUGAUCAAAUAACAUAUUUGAUGAAUUUCACAAUUUUUUCCAAUAAAUUAGGCCAGUAUUUCUCUUUUUUCACCCAGUUUGUAGAGCUGGGUGAAUAAUAAAUCUUUGACUGUGUAGAAAUUCCUGAUAUCAGAAUAGUUUCAGAAUAGUUUAAAAAACAAAAUUUGCUCAUUCUAGUAAAUAGACUGCCUGACCAUAUAUUUAUUGUCUUGUUUGUUGUAACUAUUUUGCCCUUGUUUGUCUGAAGUUACUUCUGGGUACCCAGAGUAAUAAGUUCUUAGGCGCCAAAGUUGUUAUAGUUAAUGCUAAAAAGUUUUGGAAACAAGGGAUAAAACAUCAUGUUUUAGGGUUUGAGCUGAUCUUUAACAAUUAGGGGUUAGGAUGAGAGUAUCACUGGGAUCAAAUUACCCCAUAGGGGCCUAGAGUGGGGAUUUUUGCACCCUCCUCUGAACCAUCUGGACAGUAAUUGCCAUACUUGAUCAGACGCAUGCCCCAUCUAGUCCACUAUUCCAUGUUGCUGUAAGCAGCUAUGUGUAGUUUUAGUCAGGAAGUUCUCCUUCUCUCUACUGUGGUACAGCACUGCAUAAAUGGCCAGGUGCCUUACGUGUGUUUAUUUUUCCUUUGUGUAAAAGACUGGCUAUCUGGCACAGCUUGUAUUAAGGUGAUUUUUGUGUUUUACAUUUUUAGGUUUCUUUUCCUGCAUGCCUCCAUAUGCUCUAUUUCUUUUUCCAUCAGUGAGAGUCCCAGUACUCAGUAGAAUGUUCAUUCUUCCCCUGUCUGUAAGCAUUCUGUAAUGCUCCGUGGCAUGUAUUCAUUUAAAAAGCAGGAGAAAUCUCGUUGGGAAGUUCUGCAGCAGGAGCAGCGGCUGAUGGAAGAGAAGAAUAAACGCAAGAAGGCACUCCUGGCCAAAGCCAUUGCUGAAAGAUCCAAAAGAACUCAGGCUGAAACAGUGAAACUAAAGCGAAUCCAAAAAGAGCUACAGGCUCUGGAUGACAUGGUGUCUGCUGACAUUGGGAUCUUAAGGAACCGAAUCGAUCAGGCCAGCAUGGACUAUUCAUUUGCUCGGAAGCGAUAUGAUAAGGCAGAGUCAGAGUAUGUAGCAGCAAAGCUAGAUUUCCAACGGAAGACUGAGAUCAAGGAGCGUCUCACAGAGCAUCUAUGCACUAUAAUACAGCAGAAUGAACUCCGUAAGGCCAAGAAGCUGGAAGAGUUAAUGAAGCAGCUGGAAGUGGAGGCAGAUGAAGAAAAUCUGGAACUUGAGAUUGAGGUGGAGCAGAUGCUGCAGCAGCAGGAGGCAGAAGGAGGGAGACAGGCUGCCCAGUCUCAGAAUCUGUCUCAGACUGCUGAGGAAAAUGCAGAUUCAUGUACUACAGUGAAGGAGAAUGAGCAUGCUGGUACUGCUUCUGAACAGUUAGUGGAGCAGCCUGGAAAUUCCUGUAGCAAGUCGCUUUCAAAUAUGGGUGGCCAAAAUCAAUCAGUAAACACUACUCGGGAUGAAACCCCCGCUCACUCUGAUACAUUACUAUUGUAUGCAGAUAAGGUAGCGUCUGAUGGAUGAUAUACUUGAUUUACUGCGUGCUAUAGGUUACCCCAAGGCUUCUGCAGUGUCAGUAACACAUCCCUCUUAUGUUAUCUCUAUUUUUAAUUUGAUUUAAAAUAAUCUAUUUUUAGUUACCUGUCAGAAUUUACCAUUCUGGGUCACCUGUCUGUCCUGUUUUGUAUUUUUAGGUCCAUUCAUCCCCGGAUUUGCUCACUAUUUAUGGAGCUUUGUGAGACUGGGGUUUGCUAGGAGGGAGUACUAAGAAGUGGGCAGCAAUGUUUGUCUGUAGGCUGGGCUUGUGUGAGAGUGAAGAUUUCCAGUUAACCAUUGCAGAUAUCAAACCAAGAAAGGGAGAUGUUUGUUUUCUUGAGAAGGUGUCAUAAAAGAUUAGGUUUUAUUACAGAUGUUCUUUUGCUCAUGUACGGUGAUAGAACAUUUCCAAUGUGUCCACAAAUUUCUUUUAACUGUGUAAAACCUGGCUAGGUUUCAGAGACAUCCUCGGAUAUUGUAGCUGAUACUUUAUUCUGUAGAGAAUUAUAAACAAAUUUUAGAUUUGUAUGUUGCUAUAAAGGCCAGAUUGGCUGUAAUAUUUCCUAUUUAUAACUGGUGUCUAUUUUUUUUUUUUUUUUUUUACAAAUUAUUGUAAAAUUCUUAAUAUCUGGUCUUUAGAGUCUGAUUUGUGAAAUUACAGCAUCAAAUGUGUUACAAAAGUAUCAGCUUAAUAUAUGGUAGAAAGGAGGUGGUUGUAGACAGAAACUAGAGAUCUGGCUAGUAUUGAGGCAAAUGCGGUUACAAAUAUUUGACUCAUUUUCAGUAACAUCAUAGCUGCCUUAAAUCCGAGAAAUCAAACUGGUGUUGAUAAAAUCAUGAAUAAUUCCAAAAGUAAAUAGGAACUAAGCCCUUCCAUACAUUAUGUAAUGUUCAGUAAAUUAAAGUUAACAACUGCCUUGUUCUAAGGAUGGGUGUGUAUAACCCCAGUAGAACCUUGUUAAUUUGCCCAAUUAUUGUUUUCAAAGGGAUUUUAAAAAAUCAUUCCAGAUGGGGAAAGACAAAAGAAUACAAUUCUGGUUUUGUGAUGACCUCUUGGAGUGAGGUGGUUUUCAGAGAGCCUAUGAUGCAACCAUGAACCAGAUAGCAAUUUUCAUAUCUUCUCUGCUUCACAAUCUGCAGCUUUCUUUCACUAUGGAAAUUUUAACUGUUUCUCUUAUACUGAACGUUUGUGUGUCACAGUUUGACGAUCACUGGAGUGACCCCACCAAACGCGAUUGUGAGGGACCAAUUAUCUAUUCAGUCAUUGAAAACCAUGACACUUUAUUCACAGUUUUUAUUGUAAAAAUAAAUUAAUAUAUCUUCUA